AUGGGUUUCACCAAGGAAGAUGCCAUGAUUGGCAUCAUCGGCAUGGGCGACAUGGGCAAGAUGAUAAAUGCAUGUGACAAGCCUGAUAGUUUUGAGAGCCUGAAAUCUGAAUUUGCGUCUCAAAAAGGUGUCACAAUUUACCCGAAUGGGCACCUGGUUUCAAGAUUAAGCGACUUUAUUAUAUACAGUGUAGAGGCCGGAGUGAUCGACAAGGUAGUGGCGGAAUAUGGCCCAUCUACCAAGGUUGGUGCGAUUGUCGGUGGCCAGACAUCCUGCAAAGCUCCAGAGCUGGCCGCAUUCGAUAAGCAUCUCCCUUCAGAUGUAGAGAUUGUAUCCUGCCAUUCGCUCCAUGGCCCUCAAGUUAACCCGAAAGCUCAACCACUGGUUUUGAUACAGCACCGCGCAUCGGACGAGAGUCUCCGAUUCGUGGAAAAUGUCCUGUCAUCCUUCGAGUCCAAGUUUGUCUAUCUCACUGGCGAGAUGCACGAUCGAAUCACUGCAGAUACACAGGCCGUUACACAUGCUGCUUUCCUGAGCAUGGGCACUGCAUGGCAGGCGAAUAAACAGUUCCCAUGGGAGAUAUCUCGCUGGGUAGGAGGAAUCGAGAACGUGAAGAUCAAUAUCACUUUGCGCAUCUACUCCAACAAAUGGCACGUCUAUGCUGGCCUGGCCAUUCUCAAUCCAAGCGCGAAGAAACAGAUCAGACAGUAUGCAGAGUCAGUGACGGACCUGUACAAGCUGAUGAUUGAGGGUCGCCGGGAGGAGCUUAAGCAGCGUGUCAAGGCUGCAGGCGCAGCCGUCUUUAAAGCGGGCACGGAGGGACAGGAUCUGUUGCUGAAAGACGAGGUUCUUGAUCGGUUCUCGCUCUCAAAGGGACCUCGUGAGGCGUCGCCACCUAACAGUCACCUUAGUUUGCUUGCAAUCGUGGAUUGUUGGUCAAAGCUUGGAAUUGUCCCUUAUGACCACAUGAUUUGCUCUACGCCUCUCUUCCGUCUUUGGCUGGGAGUCACGGAGUACCUCUUCCGUAAUCCUGACCUGCUUGACGAGGCAUUGGAUACUGCCAUUGAUGACAAGACAUUCCGCUCUGACGAUUUGGAGUUUACAUUCGCGGCUCGGGCAUGGUCAGACUGUGUUUCAUUUGGCGAUUUCGAAUCCUACCGCGAUCGCUUUGAGCGGAUCCAGGGAUACUUCGCUCCUCGAUUCCCCGAUGCCGUCACGCUAGGCAAUGAAAUGAUGAAGACUAUCCUUGAGAAGACGAAGAGCAACUAA